GUGCAAGAUUCUGACAAUUGGUGUGGAUUUGUCCUGGAGGGAUCUCGAAACUGCGCCUGAGGAGAUGGAUAUAUAUGACAACGGUCGAUGUGUUUGCUCAGAUGGAUUUCUUACUGGUUUGAAGACGACCAAUUACCAAACAACAACAACCGACGCCCGCGGGUUGGUCGUUUGGUUGAAUUUGAUCUUGUUUAGGAGGAGUUCCAGUUCAUUCCCUUACCCGAAGGGAAUCCUGAUAUAUAUUAUCUUCCCGAUUUUGGGCGUCCGGCUAUAAUGUAUCAGGCAACUGAAAGCAAUGAAUUGAGGCAGAAAUCGGUUGUGCUUUAUAAUUACAGGAGGGAUUCUGGACAAGCGAUUUGGGUUAAGGAAGAAUCAUUGGUUCUGCCACCACAGCCUCAGGCAUCAUCCAAGUCUCUUUAUUUUGAUGGAAUACUUCCUAAUGGAAAACUGCUAACAUCUGUUUCAGAUUCCUUUUACUUGUUUGAUCCACAAAAGAAAGAGAAUCAGAAGAUUUGGAUUAAGAAAGAUGAAUCUUUCGACAAACUUUUCGGCUGUCAAGGUUCCUUUUGGUCUCUGUUUCUUCGGCAAUAUUACGAGGAGAAUAUAAUCUCGUUGAGGUGUUUGACAUCCACAUCCAAAUGAUUUGCUACUUUGAGAUUUGAAUCUCAAUGCCAUAAGUUCUUAGGUACGCUUCCCACUGCGAGUUUCUUAG